AUUUGAACAAAACCUUUGCACGCCAAGUCUUACUAGUCUUGAACAAAAGUCAGUCAACUGACAAACAGAACAAGAGACUGCCCGCCAUACCAUUAUAAAUCUAAAGCUCAGAGCUUUGCCAUCCAAAACAAGCCACCAUGAACUCCUCCUCAUCGGCUCCCCUCUCAUCCCUCCUCCUCCUCCUCCUCCUCUCUCCUCUCACCGGAGCCCAAAACUCCAACCACUUUGCGGAGUACAUCGGAGCAGAGUUCACCGGCGUGAAGUUCUCCGACGUUCCUAUAAACUCCGGCGUUGACUUCCACUUCAUACUCUCCUUCGCCAUAGACUACACCACAUCCACAUCUCCACCUUCUCCCACAAACGGAGAGUUCAGCGUGUAUUGGGACUCCGGUAAUCUUUCCCCCGCGGAUGUUUCGGCCAUAAAGCAGGCCAACCCGAACGUCAAAGUUGCCGUCAGCAUUGGGGGGGCUACCGUCUCCGGCCAGACGGUGUUCUUCAACCCGAGCUCAGCUGACUCAUGGGUGGCCAACGCCGUUGCUUCACUCACCACCAUCAUCCAGCAAUACAACCUUGAUGGCCUCGACAUUGACUACGAGAGCUUUCAGGCAGACUCCCCCACCUUCGCCGAUUGCAUCGGCCGGCUGAUCACAACACUAAAAAACAACAACGUGAUAUCUUUCGCCUCCAUAGCGCCAUUCGAUAACAGCGACGUGCAGGGACAUUACCAAGCUCUGUGGGCGAGCUACGCCGGCGUUAUUGACUUCGUUAACUUCCAAUUCUACGCCUACAGCUCCGGCACAACAGUCUCACAAUUCUUGAGUUACUACGAUAUUCAGAAAUCAAACUAUGCCGGCGGGCAGGUAUUGGUGAGCUUCUCCACCGAGGGCAGCGGCGGGCUUUCGCCGGCGAACGGCUUCUUUGAUGCCUGCAAUACGUUGAAGGGGGAGGGGAAGCUCUCCGGGAUCUUUGUGUGGACGGCAGAUACAUCCAAGAGCAACGGAUUUCAGUAUGAGACUCAGGCACAAAGCUUGCUUGCGAGCUAAUGUGGGACACAUUGGUCGGUAGAAUUUUCUGCAUAAAUUUAUGAAUAUUUAUGUAAUUUUUUUUCUUUGUAAUAACUUGGAAUAAUGCUGGGGAAUAUUCUCUGUGUUAUCAG